AUGGAGCACCCGUUGGAGGGAACGCAAGAUUGGGAUGAGAAUGGCGCGGUCCAUCCGCUGCCUGACGAUCCAAGCCCAGUCCAAUACGAAGAUCCUGUAAAUAAUACGCCAAUAACUCCUCAGGAGGAGACUAACGAAACGCCAGAUUAUAUUCCCACUAAAGUGGAGAUCGAUCCCUACACAGGCAAAAAACAAUGGCUUGGUGGCUGGAGGCACAAACUCAACCACAACGAGUUUCACAAUGCCGAAACGCAAACCAAUCGAGCCAUCAAGAAGAUCACCUGCGAGCGAAACAAUCGUGAUACUCAAACAUACGAGUACAAAAAUGUCACUUUCCAAACUUCGCAGGAUGCUUCAACUCAGAUGACCAAGCCUGGCCAUUAUGUCUCAACCCGUGACGACAUCAUCAUCACGCCUGGUGAAUACACUCUUGCAGAUACGAUAGCAAAAAGACGGAACGAUGCGGCGGUUGUUAUUCAGAAAUACUUCAGGCGGUAUCUUGCUAAAAUCAUUACUGCGCAGUUGAAAGAAGAUCGAGAAGCGUAUGAGAACUGGCUCGAAGAAGAAAAGGAGCGCAUCGAAGAAGAACGUAGAAAACGGCGCCAGAAGAAUCUGGAAGGGAGAUUGAACCCGCGUUCUAAAAAAGACUUCGACUUGGUUUGGGCGGCGCUUACGAGCUGGCGAAAUGAGCAGGUAGCCCUUAUCCGGGCGAACUCCGAAACCCUGGCGGAACAAAAGGCUGCUUUGGCGACUCUCGAAGAGCAAGUUGCACAACUUGUUGCCGCCAUUGGCCGACAUAAAAUCCGAGCCAAUCAAGAAACUAAAGACCUGAAAAUUGCCAAGUUCUUGAACGCCUGUGCUGCCCCACGAAAAUGGAAGGCCAAGGACGGCAAGUGGAUUUCAAUGGUGAAUUGGACCGGAGAACCCGGCCAGUUUGAAAUGGAAACGGGCUACACGCUCCGCGCCAAGGAGCUUCGAGAUCUCUACAACGCACUGAAAAUGGAAGGCCUCAAUCGUGAAGAGCGCAUCGACAUGCUGCUCACCCUUAAGAACAUUGUUGCCGGCGUGCCCGACUGUAAACUCACUAAAGAACUGAUUGGCUUGGCCGAGCGCGAGGCCGAAAUGCUUGUACGCGGCGUCAACUCGUCGCUGCUCAAUGGACUACGCGCGCGUAUUCUCCAUCUUUACUUGCAAUUCUGUCGAGAUCCUAAGUUCAAUCCAGAAGCGGCCCGCCAUCUCACUGUUCCUCAGGACGCAGAGGCACUCAGAAGCAAGGUCGUCAAAAUGGGCUCAUCGUCGAAUUACUUGUCACACUGGCCUCUUGCAAUUUGGCCUUACGCUGCUCCGCCUAACUUCGAGCUCACCGCUGCGCACCGCGGAAAAGUCAAUCCAAAUCCUCAUCCUGAUAUUAUCGACAUCAAGCAAGUGAUGAAAGAACUCAAGAAGAAGUAUCCAGACUCAGAUCUUGUUUAUGUAAUGGCUGAAGGCGACAUUCGACAUCUCGUUUUGAAUAUUUGGUCGAUGAAGUCGGCCCUUUCGCACACGCAGGAAGAUCUCACCCUCUGCAAGUGGAAAAAAUCUGAAAACUGGAGCCCGUGGAAUUGCUUCCUUAUCACCAAAAGAGAAGAAGAAGCGCACGCGAGUCUGGCCAGCCCCGAGGACGGUUACGGUCCCAUUAUGUUCCAGAAGGUUCACAGAAAGCAUCUCCAAGCAAGACAAUAUUUCUCAAGAGUCAAAGGAAUGUCUCGAUUCCUCAGUGAACGAUCGCAUGGUGACGGACUCUGCCAAGAAGUUACUGGUGUUUCUCUUACAUGA